GCAAUCUUCUUCUUACACAGUCGCUAUUGUUAUCGGCGACGCUUUAUUUUAAUUUUUUUCCUAGUAUACAACAAUUUUUAUAUUUAUAUCGAUUCUUUAUUUAGCCGCAUUUUUAACCAGUCUGGCGCUAAUAUACAUAUAUUAAAAAUGUCAGGUACAAUUCUAGAGAAUCUUAGCGGACGUAAAUUGGCAAUUCUAGUUACUAUAUUGCUAUUAAGCCAAGUCGCCUGCUUUCUCUUGGGUGGUCUACUGGCGCCACUACCAGCCGGUCAUCAGGUAAUUCUUGGUAUGGUCUGUAAAGAUACACCGCAGCGUCAGAAUGACACAACAUUUUGGCUACAUUUGCGUGGUGAAGGAAAAUGUGCCUCCGUUUCACAAGAAGAUAUUGAACGACACGACACUAAAAUGGCAAAUGAGAUAGUAUAUAUCUUCCAAAUGCCAUUGCCGCGUGGUGAAGAAUUUGACUAUUCCCGAUGGCAACAAAAUUUGAUUGGAGUGUUACAGGUAGAUAUUGCAUACGAUUCUGACAUGUCACUGGUAGAGCCUCCUAAAGAUCUUCAAUUAACUAUCGACACUCGUUUAGCUUAUAGGAACAAGGGCGAUCGCAAAAAUGAUUGGAAACUUUAUGCACAUUCGCUUGAAAAACGUUACCUUGAUUGCAGUUUAAAGACAGCGAGUCAAGAGGAAUCUCUAUUUUCUUGUGAUAUGGUACCACUUUUUGAAUUGGGAGAUCUACAUCACGAUUUCUAUUUGCUUAACUUACGGUUUCCUAUUGACACCGAUAUGAAAAUGAAUCUUAAUUUGGGGCAUAUGCACGAUCUAACACUCACAGUUAUUCAUCAGAAUGGUGGUUUCACAAAAGUAUGGUUGUCCCUAAAAACUAUACUCUUCCCCUUCGUGGUGGCCAUAAUGAUUUGGUUUUGGCGACGAGUACAUAUCUUACAACGUUCACCAGCUUUAUUGGAAUAUAUGCUUAUAUAUCUCGGUGCUGCUUUGACAUUCCUAAAUUUUCCACUGGAAUAUCUAUCUUUAUUUAUUGAAAUGCCGUAUAUGCUGCUAUUAAGUGAUAUUCGACAAGGAGUAUUUUAUGCGAUGUUACUUUCGUUCUGGCUUGUUUUUGCUGGAGAGCAUAUGCUAAUUCAGGAAUCUCCGUAUAAAUCAACAAUACGCUCUCGCUAUUGGAAACAUUUGUCAGCUGUUGUUGUUGGAUGUUUAUCAUUGUUUAUAUUUGAUAUAUGUGAGCGUGGUGUGCAGAUGCGAAAUCCAUUUUACUCAAUUUGGACUACACCUAUUGGUGCUAAAGUGGCGAUGAGUUUUAUUAUUUUAGCUGGAAUAUCCGCUGGCAUUUACUUCCUUUUCCUAUGCUACAUGGUUUGGAAAGUUUUUAAAAAUAUCGGAGCAAAGCGCACAUCAUUGCCAUCUAUGUCUAAUGCACGCCGAUUACACUAUGAAGGUCUUAUAUAUCGGUUCAAAUUUCUGAUGCUUGCUACACUACUAUGUGCUGGAUUAACUGUUGCAGGAUUUAUUAUGGGACAAGUUGCUGAAGGCCAAUGGAAGUGGGAUGAAGAUAUGGAAAUACAAUUAACAUCUGCAUUUUUGACUGGUGUCUAUGGUAUGUGGAACAUCUACAUAUUCGCGCUACUUAUUCUGUAUGCCCCAAGUCACAAACAAUGGCCAGCUAAUAGCUCUGAUGAAACUACACAAUCAAAUGAAAAUAUUGUUGCUGCAGCUGCAAAUGAAGAAAUCGAGUUCAGCCAUUUACCUUCUGAUUCUAACCCCAGUGAGAUAUCAUCACUUACAUCAUUUACCAGGAAAGUAGCAUUUGAUUAAAUAGUUAAUCUGUGAGUAGAGUGCAACUUGCAGUAUCGUUAAAAAUAGACUGAAAUUGGCAAAAUAUUGGCAAUGCAAAUUGAUAUAAGUUUGUAUAUACCACAAUUGUACUUAAAUAUUAUGAACAUUAAGCGAAUUUUAAUCUAUCAUAACCCAUUAUUUAACAUAAGUCUUAUCUUAAAAAUGUAAAAGCGAAAGUGAAUACAUAUUUUUUUAAUAACUUGCCAUAAAGAAAAUUUAAACUAACAAGAAAAUAUAUAUUAUGUAAACUUUUCUUCUUAUUAGUGCUAGACGUACAAAUGUACAUUGUUAUAAGAAAAAAAUUUCAACAGUAUUAUGUUUUAUUACUUUUAGUAGACUACAUGAAAAACUAAUAUACUUUCGUUUAGAUUUUAUUAUUAGUGUAGUGUGUGCAUGUAACUA